GGUUUCGUCGUCUGUUUUUGACUAGAACUAAAUAAUAAUUAUAAUAAUAAUUGUUAUUAUUGUUUUGAGGAUUAACAACGCUUUCAGACCACUGUAUGUGCGCCGACGAGAUGUGGCGGCAGCCCGCCGGGGUUCCGGAAAUAUUGUGAAAUCGAUAUCGAACGAUGAGCCGUUGCUUGUAUUAAUAGCCACCGUACGAAAUCGAAAUAAACGAACAUACCACCGUUCGUGGCCUAUACAGCUGCUUAGCACAAGGACGGCCGGUUUUUACGACGGCACAGCAUCGUUUGAAAUCGAUUUCAACAGCCGAUUACUAUCGAUUUGCGAAACGUUUAUGCGCCGUCUCUCGCAUUUCCAUAAUAUUGUUGUAGUAACGGCCGACAUCGACGUAUCGGUCGAGAUGAUUUUCGACGUCCGGCCACUUAAAAGUGUCUACUAGAAAGUAGAAACUCCGCGAACCACACCACUGAUGGGCUCCAGAUCGACGUUGAUUCGAGUGCGCAGACUCUAUACCGCGGGUACCUCGGUUACCUAGGUCGUGUAUUGUGCCAUAUUGCAGCACGCCAGGCGUGUUAUACUCCCGACCGGAACUGCAUCAAAUCGACGGCGUUUAAUCGGAACCGUGUGGGCCGUGUAGAAAAUAUGAUCCUGUUAUUUGUGACGACUCGCGGAUGGUUGCGAUGACCCAAGCGGAAACCACACGCACUGACUCCACGGUCCAACUCGUGUAGUAUAAUAUGCCACCUACCAUUACUGUGUUGGUGUAGUAUAUGUUACCUACCGAAAAAUAUGACAUAGCCGAAAACGUAUGCCAAGUGAAAUUCAAUACGAGAUCGUUGAGAGAACACGAUCACCACCGAUCGUCAGUACCCUGCAACGAUGAAACGGGGACCGGUGACUUGGUCCGACGCCGACCGUUGUCCAAGUCCGACUUUGACCUCAGCUAUCCCGAGGACUUGGACUACUUGUGCAAGAAGUUUGCGGCCGCAGAACGGCGGCAUGUCACGAUGGAGAGCUUCGCAUCGUCGUCGUCGCCGAGCACGCCAGGCGCCGGUCAGGGGUGCUGUCCAUCCGCAAUCAAUUCGUCUUCCUGCGCCACCGCCACCGCCCAGUCCACUAUACAGAGCAUCAACGUGGUGCAAAAGACCCAUUCCUUCUUCAAUUCCUUAAAGAAUCGGUGGUUUCCUACCGAGGAGAAAUGGGCCAAAGGGAGAAAUAAAGCACGAGGCUCUGACACUGACGAGUCACCCUCUGAAUCUCCUAUACUUGCAAGACUAGUCCGUCCAGACACUUUACAACAAACUAAGACUUCAGACUCAAAAAAUACUCAAAAUUCAAUUACUAGUGAAUUUGGAUUGACUCAGAAUUGGUUCCAGAAAGUUGUUUCACGUGACCAUCAAGUUCGGCUUCGGAGACAAAAUUCAAUAAGAUCUGAACAACAAAUAGAUUUAGCUACACCAGAAGGUCAAAAUCCAAUUCAAAAUGAAGCUUUGCUCAGAAAAUAUGACUUUUUUCAACUCAAAAUACAUUUGAAAAAGGGAAAAGAUCUCAUUGCUCGAGAUAAAAAUGGUCUCAGUGAUCCCUAUGUGAAAUUUAAGAUAGGUGGAAGACUGAUUCACAAAUCGAAAACAGUGUAUAAAAGUCUGAAUCCAACUUGGGACGAAACGUUUACACACCUACUAGAUGAUCCUUUUGAACCAAUUCAAAUAAAGGUUUUUGAUUACGAUUGGGGUCUUCAAGAUGACUUUAUGGGAGCAGCGCAGAUCACUUUGACGGCCUUAGAAUUGGGCAAACAGCACGACAUAUGUUUACAAUUACGGGAUACUCAAAAUGCUGAAUACCUUGGUGAGAUUUAUCUAGAUGUAACUUUAACACCCCAAUCCCGAGAAGAACGCGAACAGAGUCUUCAAAAGACCGGCAAAGUAGCUGAAAUAGGUAGAAAGUACAAAUGUCAAGUUUGGAGUUCAGUAGUAACUAUUGUUUUAAUUAAAGUAAAAAACUGUACAAUAGCUGAAGGUUUAUGUGACCCAUAUGUUCGUUUCAGAUUGGGAGGAGAAAAAUUCAAAAGCAAAGGUAGUAAUCGAAUUCCAACCCCUACUUGGCUGGAACAAUUUGAUUUACAUUUGUUUGACGAUCAGACUCAAGAACUAGAAAUAAAUGUGUGUGCGAAGGAACGUUCACGCGAAGAAAUAGUAGCAAGCGCCGUCAUGGACCUGAGUAAAUUGGAACGGGAAAAGACGCACAAAAUCAAAUACAAACUCAACGUCGGAGGUGGUGACGAUUGCGGAAGUGGCGGCGGUGGAGAUCAUCACCAGAAUCGCGACGCUUCCGGGAUAGGUGGUGGGGGCGUACUGUACCUGUUGCUGACCAUCAGUGGCACGUCGACGAUCGCCAUGGUGUCGGACUUGUCCAACUACGAACGCGAAAUCACUGAACAGGAACACGUCCGGCAGAAGUACUCGGCCAGCAGGACGUUUUGCGACCUGCUCGACGUGGGUGUGCUCACUGUCCGCGUGUACAAGGCCCACGGGCUCACGUCCGCCGACCUUUGCGGCAAGUCCGAUCCGUUUUGCGUGCUCGAGCUGGUCAACGCCCGGCUGCAGACGCACACGGAAUACAAAACGCUGGCGCCCACGUGGGACAAGAUAUUCACUUUCAACGUCAAAGAUAUCAACUCUGUUCUCGAAGUGACAGUUUUUGAUGAAGAUCCUGACUACAAAGUAGAGUUCCUAGGAAAAGUAGCCAUACCUUUGCUUUCUAUUAACAAUGGUGUGCAAAAAUGGUAUUCUCUCAAGGAUAAAAAGUUAUCAGGCCGGGCUAAAGGAAACAACCCAAAAAUCUUAUUGGAAAUGCGGCUCAUCUGGAACCCGAUAAGAGCGUUUAUCAGGACAUUAAAUCCAAAAGAGGAAAAAUAUAUGCAACAAGACGUCAAGUUCAAAAGACAAACACUAAUCAGAAAUGUAAUGAGGCUCAAACAGCUCGUCUUGUGGGCUAUCGAUAUUGGAAAAUACUUUGAGUACUGGGUGGAAUGGGAGUCGCCGAUUCACACCAUACUAGUAUUAAUCGGGUUCGUGGUGGCUUGUCAGUUUUUCGAACCGUAUAUGGCACCUAUUGCUUUAUUACUGGUCUUCCUCAAAUACUAUGUAGCAUAUUCGUGGGGUGCGUCUAAAUUAAUCGACGAAGACGACGAACAACAGACCGACGAAGACGACCAAGACGACCAACAGGACGACCAAGAUGACGAAAAAGCAAAGGAAGAAAAAAAAUCUCUGAAAGAGCGAGUAGCCGCUGUGCAAGAAGUCACGCAAUUAGUUCAGAACACAAUUGGAGACAUAGCUUCGUUUGGUGAAAAAAUUAAAAACCUUUUAAACUUUUCCGUACCGUUCUUAUCGUACUUGGCCAUCGUGUUGCUGAUUGCAGUUACAACAGUAUUGUAUUAUAUUCCAAUAAGAUAUCUGAUUAUGGGUUGGGGCAUCAAUAAGUUUACCAGGAAAAUUCUCCGGCCACACACAAUUCCAAACAAUGAACUUCUGGAUUUGCUUUCUAGAGUACCCGACAACGAGGAGAAGAUUUAUUACAAAGAACUAGCAACUAUCGAUAGUGUGGACGGAGGUGAUAAAUCAAAUAAAGAUUCAAGAAGAAAACAGAAGCUGUGAUUAUUUUUUACAAUUUUGCAAGGUAUUAAUUUUGGUUGUUCUUAGUCAUUAAAUAUAUGGUACACAUUAUUGCUAUUUUAUUAUCAUUAUUAUUAUUGCCUAUUGAUAAUAUGAAAACUUUUUGAUCUAAUUUCAUCAAUUUAAACUUAAUUCCUUUUUUAAAAAAUAACUGUGUGAUAUUUAGAUUUGUUAUUUUUACUUAAAAAAUGGGCUUAUAUUUUAAACAUUUUUAAUAAGUUUUCCUUACUUCAUUUUAAUCAAUAUUUUAAAAUGAUUCUGUAUUGUAUAAAGUUGAAACUGUUUUUAAACUUACUUAUUGUCUAUUGAUUUGGUCCUACACUACCAACAUUAUUAUAUA